CCCCCGGGGUUGGGACGGUUGGCGGGGCCAGUCCGGAGCGUGAGGACGUCGGCGCAGGUUACAACAGUGAGGAUGAGUAUGAAGCGGCUGCAGCGCGCAUCGAGGCCAUGGACCCUGCCACUGUUGAGCAGCAGGAACACUGGUUUGAAAAGGCCCUGCGAGACAAGAAGGGCUUCAUCAUCAAGCAAAUGAAGGAGGACGGCGCCUGUCUCUUCCGGGCUGUAGCUGACCAGGUGUAUGGAGACCAGGACAUGCAUGAGGUUGUACGAAAGCACUGCAUGGACUAUCUGAUGAAGAAUGCGGACUACUUCUCCAACUAUGUCACAGAGGACUUCACCACCUACAUCAACCGGAAACGGAAAAACAACUGCCAUGGCAACCACAUUGAGAUGCAGGCCAUGGCGGAGAUGUACAACCGGCCUGUGGAGGUGUAUCAGUAUAGCACAGAACCCAUCAACACAUUCCAUGGGAUCCAUCAAAAUGAGGACGAACCCAUCCGUGUCAGCUACCAUCGGAAUAUCCACUACAAUUCAGUGGUGAAUCCUAACAAGGCCACCAUUGGUGUGGGGCUGGGCCUGCCAUCAUUCAAACCGGGGUUUGCAGAGCAGUCCCUUAUGAAGAGUGCCAUAAAGACAUCAGAGGAGUCAUGGAUCGAACAGCAGAUGCUGGAAGACAAGAAGCGAGCCACAGACUGGGAGGCCACAAAUGAGGCUAUUGAAGAGCAGGUGGCUCGAGAAUCCUACCUGCAAUGGUUGCGAGAUCAGGAAAAACAGGCCCGCCAGGUCCGCAGCUCCAGCCAGCAGCCCCGGAAAGCCAGUGCCACGUGCACUUCCGCCACAGCAGCCGCCUCCAGUGGCCUGGAGGAGUGGACUAGCCGGUCCCCGCGGCAGCGGUCACCCGAGCACCCUGAACUGCAUGCCGAGCUGGGCAUGAAGCCCCCUUCCCCAGGCACUGUCUUAGCUCUUGCCAAACCUCCUUCACCCUGUGCACCAGGUACAAGCAGCCAGUUCUCAACAGGGGCCGACCCAGCGACUUCCCCCCUCGUGUCCCUCUACCCUGCUCUGGAGUGCCGGGCCCUCAUUCAGCAGAUGUCCCCCUCUGCCUUUGGUCUGAACGACUGGGAUGAUGAUGAGAUCCUGGCUUCGGUGCUGGCAGUAUCCCAACAAGAAUACCUAGACAGUAUGAAGAAAAACAAAGUGCACAGAGAUCCGCCCCCAGACAAGAGUUGAUGGAGACCCAGAGACUGGAGACCGUCUCCCAACCCCACCACUCCUGCCCUCCGGUGCCGCCUCACCUUUGGCUUUCUUCCUUCUUGCCGUCUUCCUCCUUCCCUUUCUUUCCUUCUUUUCCUCCUCCCCGCCUCCCUCUUGCCGGUCCAUCCCUGCACCCCCUCUCAUCGCUGCCACCACCACCAUCAUCUGUCUCUUCCCCAGCUGACGUGCCCUGUUGCCCCCUGCACAGCACCAUCCCUGCAAUCCACAGGGGACUCGGGCAAGGGUGCCGAAGGUAGGCGAGAGGCACAGAGACAAAGCAACUGGCAGCCAGGCAGCCCCUGAGGAGAGACAUUCAGACAAAAGAAAACCUCCCUGACCCCCAUUCCUCCCAAGUUCAGAAAACCUUGUUACCCCACCUCUACAACUAUGUCAGGGAAGUGGGAGGAAGAAGUGGGGGAUUCCCCUUCCCAGAACCCUAAGAAUGUCUGAGCCUUCAAUGUUGAAUUUUUUUCUUUAUUAAAAUGUACUUUUAUCUUAUAAAAUUAACCAAUCAAAAACGACAUAGAUAACAGCUUUGACUCUAUGAAGGUGGCAUCUCUCUGGUUUGGGGGCAGGCAGGCAGGGGGGCCCAGAGGGGGCACAAAGACGUGCUGCUGUCUCUGGCCUCCAGCUCUGUGGAGAUGGGCAGUGUCUAGAGUAUGAGCCAGGGCGGAGUAGGGGGCCAAGGGUAGCAGGUGUCCUGUGGGCUUCGGACAAUGAAACUCUGACCUCACUGCAUUCCUAUUGCUUCCAUCACCACCAGUAUCUGUAAUCUUGGGGUGGGGGCACCUUUGAGGAUUAUAGCCGCCACUCAGGAUUCGAGUGUGGGGAGUGGGAGCAGCCUUGGCAGAUGGGGCACUUGUGCCCUGCAGGUGUUGACAAGAUCCGCCAUCUGUAAUGUCCUUGGCACAAUAAAACCAAAUGUCAGUUUC